AUGCGACUGUCUGGCAUCCAAUCCUCUCGCCUCUUCCACAUCCCCCGGCGAUUCCGCACCAUCCAACCUCCCCAGGAUGACGACGUUUUCGCCAACAGUCUGCGCAAAACCCUAGAGGCGCAUCGCGCCUCUAACCGCGCUCGUCUCAUCCGCAAAACCUACCCUCGUGCUCCAUCUCCGGGCCUCUUUAGACCUUACAUUCCGCCCGAAAACCGUGCAGGUUACCAGCCACCACUGCCGGCGCCGCUAUCGCCACCGGUGAUUAGCCCCGAGCUAGAUCUGUCUGGGAAGGCGAGCGCCAAAAAGCGCUCACGCAGGCGGACCCCAGAACCUAGCACCCACUCGACGGAUGACCGACCCGAGAGGAAUGCAAUUCGGUCCGUGGGUGAUGUGGGUUGUGGUCGACUGGGUGAAACACCGUGGUUGAGCUAUCUGGCCAACGCUGGUGCUCCUGGUCAUGCUUCUGCAUACUUGGAUGCGGAGAUACAAGCUUUGCACCGCUAUUUAGCUCCGAGCUCCAGCGAGGAAAACCGAGCUUCUCGGCUCGGUGAGGAAGUCUCUUCGUUACUGAAAUCAAUUGUUCCACAUACACCGACACUCAUCGGAUCCCGCCGUACGGGUCUUGCGCUGGCGCAUUCAGACCUGGACUUCCUCCUACCCUUUGAAGAUCUCCCGCGGUCCUUGGAGAGAACUCGCAGACCAAGUCCGACUCGUCCUCAGAUCCGAGAUGCACACUUGAAUCUACUCCGUCAAGUCGAAUCAACGUUGCAGAGUGCUCCAGAGUUCAAAGACCAAGUCCGUCUGUCUGGAAAGCGCAGCCUCGUGCUAGAAGCUCGACAUCGUCCCACGGGCUUAUUGCUGCAAUUCUACUGUGGUGAACGGGUACCUGCGUUCACGGAGUAUCUACAGGAUUACUUGGUAGAGUACCCAUCUCUACGACCGCUGCACGCAACAACACGUGCUUUGCUCGAAGCUCGUGGUUUAUUCGGAUCCUCGCAAGCGGGUAUUAGCUCCGAUGCACUAUCCAUGCUGUUAGUUGCAUUCUUGAAGAUGAACCACGGCCGCUUCCCUGGUCCGCACCGUCUCGGCGAUCAGUUACUUGCUUUCCUUCAGCUGUACGGCAGGGAUGUUGACUUGAGGUCCGUCGGCGUCGCGGUUGAUCCACCGAGCUUUUUUGACGCGGGUACUCUGCGGGAAACUGAUGGGGUAGAGGAGUCUGCGUAUGUUCGUGGUCAACGGUCCCUCAUUGCUGCUAAGCGUACUGCUGCUGCAAGAGGGAAUUUGCCUGCUAGUCGUCGGUUAUGCGUGCAGGAUCCGACGCAUUACAUGAAUGACUUGGGUCGGUCGUGUACACGCACCCCCGAGCUGCAGAGUGUCUUUGCCACUGCGCAUGAGCAGCUUCGCUCGGCAUGUGAGAGUUGGGAGGGAGCCCCGGAGGAGAUGUCGAUUCUGACGAAAGCUCUGCGGGCCAAGUUCGAUGGAUUGGAGAGGAUGCGGGAGCAGAUUUUGGAUUGUGCUGGAUCGCAGCCCUCUUGA